AUGUAUGGCACCUGGUUGUUCGCCAAAGUUCACGAUUUGAGGCACCAUCACUGCAAUGUACCGCACGCCGCUCUCAGUGGCUGUACCGCCUCGGACGGUCUGGAAGAACAUGGGAAGACAGUAGCCGCACUACAUGUAUUGGGAGAGAGAAACUUUGUUAAGAGCAACAACACAUCCGAUAAUGAUGAGGGCUCGUGCUUAAUGAGCGCUACACACGAGGUUGUCUGGUCCGAAAGCAUAUCCCAGGCAACCGACAUCAUUCGUUACUGGUUAUCGCGUCCGUUGGCUCGAAGCACAGCUGAUGACCUCCGUGGCUUGUCACUCGGCGUGCUUGCCCAGGCCGGGUUUGGCAUGUCAUUCAAGUUCCAAGGCAUGAUUCCAAGGCAUGAGGAAACCUCACAUGCGGAUCUUGCGGCCAGCUACAAGGACUCUCUCCAGCUGAUACUGGAAAACUGCAUCCUGCUCAUUGCCAUGGGGCCCAAGUUCUUCACAAACACGCCCUGA